GUGUGUGUAUGUGAGCACAUAGUCGAGAAACAAUGGAUUCCGCAGGACAGUGGCUAGAGAAGGCGUUACUUGAUCUCUGCAAAAAGAUAGAGACCGGUUUAGAUUUGGAUGCUGAUCUUAUAUCAGGGCUUGUUUCCUACUGUGAACUCGCUUCUCCACUUGACGCCAAAGAAUACCUCGACAAUAUCAUUGGCCUGGAAGCUGGCAAAAGCGUAACUGAGGAAUAUUUGAAGCGCAGAGGUCAUUUAGAUGUUGGCAACAACAACCAAACUGUUCCAACAUCCACAUUACAUGCAUAUGUCAAACCUCCUUCAAAUGAUCGUUUGGGCAGUGGAGCUAAAAAACCACCAAGAGCUCAGAAAGAGGCUGUAGUCUCCACAAAUGUGGGAAAUCGAGCCAUAACUGAGACCGUGGAGUCUCAAAGCACACCUAAAGGAAACCAAGUGACUUCCAGGAAGAAAAAAUCUGGGAAAGUGGUUUCUCUGGCUGAUGCUGCGAAGGGGUCAAUUGUAUUCCAGCAGGGGAAGCCAUGUGCAUGCCAAGCCCGUCGUCAUGGACUGGUGAGUAAUUGUUUAUCAUGUGGGAAAAUAGUAUGCGAACAGGAAGGAGAGGGGCCCUGCAGUUUCUGUGGUGCCCUUGUGCUGAAGGAAGGAAGCACAUAUGCUGGUCUGGAUGAGAGUAUGGUUCCGUCAUCAGAUGCUGAGGCAGCAGCGGAAGCUUAUGCAAAAAGGCUGGUUGACUAUGACCGGAACUCGGCGGCACGUACAUCAGUUAUAGAUGAUCAAAGUGACUACUAUGAGAUUGAGGGAAAUAGCUGGCUGUCAAUGGAGGAGAAGGAACUUCUAAGGAAGAAAAAAGAGGAGAUAGAGGAGGCUGAACGGGCCAGACGAAAUAAAGUAGUUAUGACUUUUGAUCUGGUUGGCCGCAAGGUGCUUAUGAAUGAAGAUGAGGUUUCAGAAGAAAUGGAGAACAGGAUUCUACUGCGGCCACCUGAUGAAAGAGAAACAAACCGUGUAAAACCAAACCCAACUCUUAAAAUACAGCCAGUCUUUGUGGAUCCCAGUCCCGGCAGGAAACCUGUCGAGGGGAAUUAUUUGAACCAAGGUCCUUCUAAUGGUAUAUGCUUAGGGAUCAGUGGGAGGGUGCAACACCAUACCAAUGAAUUAUAACAUUAUGUGAUGGACAGACAGAUCAAAAGUACUUCUAAUGGGAAUUACUGCCAUAUGCCAUCGGUGAAUGGGAGUUUGCAAGUGUCAGAUGAUACCAAAUGUUUCUAAACAACGAUGGAGGUAUAUACAAUUUACUGGGAAUUUUUUGGUGCUUAUUCUUCGCCUGCAUUAGUUGAUUAACAGGCACAACAGCUUUCUGUAGUUUUGAUUUGCUAUAGCCGAAUGAAGUGCCUCCAUGUACAUGGAUAUCAGCCAUAGAUUUAUCGAGUAAGAUAGGGUGAACCACCAGGCAAUUCGAGCAAGUUUUUUAUUGUCCCAUGUUUAUGUGUGACAGUGUGACCUAUCAUAUUGUUAAAUUUGAAUUAUGCUGCGUGUACUGAGAUUUUUAUUCUGUGUCGAGGAUGGGAUUUUAAUUACAACGUGAACCUCUUGAAGAUCAGGUCAUGAAGUCACCUCUCCCCAGCCCUGUAAAAUGAAAUGAACAUUGCAAGAAGU